ACCUUUAUGGUGGUGUUUGAAUUUUGAUUAAGAAAGACGAGGAUCAAAUAAAGAAGAAAAUGGUGAGAAGAGAAAUAGAACUACUAAGCGAAGAGGAAAGGAAAGCACUUAGAGGCAGCAAAUUUGCUCCUCUCCCUCCUCCUUCCCUUUCGAAACCCAGAUUGGCUCAUCCAGGAGGACCUUUAACAACUAAUAAAGCUGCUGCUUUGGCUAAAUUCCUCGAAAGGAAGCUCCAAGAUCCCAACGGCUUUAAUACAAUCAAUCCCGAACUUCUUGAAUCGGCUGUCAAUAGCGCUAAAGCUACCGUCGUUCAAAGUGGGGCUUCGAGUUCAAGGUCUAGGGUUCGACAUGUAGAUUCCUUUGGUGACUCUGAGGACACUCCGGAAGAAGCUAAGUCAGAAAUUCCGGAACCAAAACAGAAGAAAAAGAAGAAGAAAAAGAAGAAAGAGAAGAAGAAGAAGAACAAAAUGAAGAAGGUGGCAGAGGAGAUUGAAUCUACAUUGAAAAGACCUAAAAAGAAGGUCAAACUAUGAUCAAAUUAAUAAUGCUUUAAAGACAUCUUUAAUCUUUUUUUAAAAAAAGUUAUAGGAUUUAAACACUCGGGGAUCAUCUAAGAAACACAACAAUGGAUCACUGAAGAAGCCGCAAAGGGCUGCUGGGAAGGGUUUGGUUUCUUUAGACAGUAAGCCU